AUGAAGGUCCUCCUUCUGCUCCUUCUCUUCCCUCUCCAAGGGGUGGGAGCCACUAGCCACCGGGAAGAGGACUUCCGCUUCUGUGGUGACCGAAACCAGACCCAGAAGAGCUCCGUCAUCUAUGAGCAUGGCCCUGCCAGCAUCUCCAUCGAGAACACGGCCCAGGCACUGAUAAUAAAAAGGCCCUUUUUGCUAAACAGGAGAAACUUUUACAACAAGUACACCUUGCCCCCCACUUUGGGCAGGUACCGCUUCUGUGUCUACUGGUUCAAGGCCAAUGAGACCCUGAAGUUGGUGUAUGGGAAGCAGAGCUUCAUCCUGGGUGGGGACCCAUCCAGCAGCAUCAGCUGGGGGAAGGAGAGUCAGAAGACUAAAAGAAACAGCACCUUCAUCUUCAAUGCGUCCUGCAUCUCGAAGGAUGGGAAGAACACCUCCCUUGACAAUGCAUCCGAAUACUUCUUCCCCGGUAAAUGCAAAGCAAUGUGUGUCUGGGAGCAAGACGUGGAGGAGCAGCUCGCCACCUUGGACAGCCUCAUCGCCCGGCCCCCGGCACUGGCUGCAGGAGCCACAAAGCAGCAGAUACUUCGGUGCGAGCUCGGGCACCUGGAGAAGACACUGGCCAAGGUGGAACUCGAAGGGCAGAACCAGACCUUUGGGAAUGCCACCGUGCGUGUGACCAUCCUGAGGGUCCAGCCCACUCAGGCUCCUCUGCACCUGGCCUUUGCUUCUCAAAGAGAGGAGGUUGGAGAGGUCCAUGGGUUUACGGUGGACCUGCCGAGCAGCCUGUUUGUGACAGCGAAGGAGAGGGAAAAGGUGGUGGAGCACAGGGUGUUCCUCAUAGACAUCGACAACCAGACCAUGUUCCAGGAUGAAAACAGCAGCCACAUCCUGGGUGACAAGGUGAUUGGCAUCUCCCUGGUGGACACGGUGGUGGCCAACCUCUCCGACCCAGUGGUCCUCACUUUCUUCCACAACCAACUGCCGAAGAACGUGAUCCCGCUCUGCGUCUUCUGGCAGGAGGAUACCACUGCCAGUUCUGGGAGCUGGGACAGCUACGGUUGUACAACAGUGAUGGGCGGCAGCCAGACAGACUGCAGAUGCAACCACCUCACCUACUUUGCCGUGCUGAUGAUAUCCUCCCCGGAGAUCACUUACAUACACAGGGAUUACCUGAGUAUCAUAACCUACAUCGGCUGCCUGAUCUCAGCUUUGGCAUCCAUUUGCACCAUCUUCUUCCUCUACUUCAGAAGCAAGCAGCAAGACCAGAUUACGGGCAUGUACAUCCACAUGAACCUGCUGGGUGCCAUCUUCCUCCUGGACGUCACCUUCCUCAUCUCUGAGCGUUUGGCUUCCAGCAGCAGCGAGGCAGUCUGCAGAGCUGGGGGGCUGUUCCUGCACUUCUCUCUCCUGAGCUGCCUCACCUGGAUGGGCAUUGAGGGCUACAACCUCUACCGGCUUGUGAUUGAAGUCUUCAAUGCCUAUCACGACCACUUCCUCCUCAAGCUCUGCCUGGUGGGCUGGGGACUCCCCUUCUUCUGCGUGAUGCUGAUCUUCCUGGCUAGCUGGACUAACUAUGGCCCCUUCUCCAUUCCUGUCUAUGAGUCUGUUGGUGGCAAAUCCACCAAUGCAACCAUAUGCUGGAUCACGAGUCCCCUGAUCCAUAACAUCGUGAACCUGGGUUUCUUCAGCCUGGUGUUCCUCUUUAACUCGGUCAUGCUGGGGGCCAUGGUCCGGGAGAUCCUCCGGCCAAACAAGAAAGGCCACAAGCUCAAGCAUGUCCUAGCACUCUUUGGGCUGAGCAUCCUGCUGGGCAUCCCCUGGGCACUGGUUUUCUUCUCCUUCACCUCUGGUGUCUUCCGCCUCGUCUCCCUCUACAUUUUCACCAUCAUCAACUCCCUCCAAGGUUUCCUCAUCUUCCUCUGGUACUGGACCAUGGUCCUUCAGGCGAGAAAGUCCCCUGACACGCAGAGCAGUUCCGACAACGUCAAACUGCAGCCCAACAGCAGCCAGAGCCACCUCGGCUGA